CAAUUUUAGGAUGGGUACUGAAGACUCUAAAGAUAUGCUGAAGAAUGCAGACUGGAAGACUGUGAGUGGUGCAGUUACUGAGUCAAGUCAGCCGGUUGUUAGGAAGCGCCUUCCAAAGAAAAUAAGACAAGUUCCUGAGUGUUACUUUCUCCCUCGACGAUCUUUGCCUUCUGCACUGGCAAUCUAUGGUGCUGUUUGCGCCGCUGGAGUUGGUGCAGGGAUGUUGCUCGAGGUUUGGAUCAACAAAAAGAUCAAAGAGGAUGGCGGCGUUGUCUGGGAAAUGGGCAAAUGAUGUUCAGGCCCUUCUGUUGCUGUUAAGUUGUAUCACAGAGAUAAGCAUGUUUUUGUUGUUUUGGAAUAUCUUUUAACUUGCUGACGAAAGCAAACAAUGUUUCCCAGUGUAAACUUGUCCCUGUGUUCCUGGUUUGGUUGUAGAAGCUGUUUGAUGCUUCAACUUUAUAUUAGGCAAGCAAGGUGAAAACACCAGGCAGCAACACAUCUCUACUUGUCAUCUUAUAAGAAUUAUCUGAAUAUGUGUAACCGUGCUAAGCUGGAAGGGCCUUUGAUUUACCUUGGUUACACAUGCGUGAACGUUCAUCGUCAAGGUGGAAACACAAUGUGCUGAUUUUGUGGAAUUGCCAUGGGCAUACUAUUUUUUGUGUGGAAAUGAAGUCACAAAGAUUACAGCAC